AUGGACGCUGUCAAAGAUUUGGUCAACAAGGCCGCCAGCGCUCUCAACCUCGGCGGCAACCAAGACACCGAAGCACCUGCCCAACCACCCAGCGAUGCCGAAUUUCAAGAGCUCAAGGAGAAAUAUGAGAAGGCCGGCCAGGGACAGGUCCUCAGCUUCUGGGACGACCUUGGCCCUCAAGAGAAGGGCACACUAUACCAGCAGUUGCAGCCAAUCGAUCCAGAGCACAUCAACAAGAUCACCGACCGUGCUCUGAACCCACCAAAGACAGAAAACGAGAGCGAAGCGCCCACGCUGGAGCCGCUGCCAGAUUCCGCAACCACCUCCACCAUUGACAGUGACGAGGCCAACCUGCACAAAUGGAACGAAGUGGGCUUGAAGUACAUUGCGGACAACCAGGUCGGCGUGGUGCUCAUGGCUGGCGGCCAAGGCACUCGGCUUGGUAGCUCUGCGCCCAAGGGUUGCUACAACAUCGGCCUUGACAGCCAGAAGUCUUUGUUCCAGCUCCAAGCCGAGCGCAUCCUCAAGCUACAGCACCUCGCCAGCAACCUGCACAAGAAAGAGGAUGUGGUCAUUCCGUGGUACAUCAUGACUUCGGGCCCUACCCGCAAGCCCACGCAGCAAUUCUUCGAAGAGCACCAGUACUUUGGUCUCAACCGCAACAACGUCAUCUUCUUUGAGCAAGGUGUUCUACCGUGUAUCAGCAUGGACGGAAAGAUUCUCCUGGAGAGUAAGGGCAAGGUCGCUGUUGCACCAGAUGGCAACGGAGGGUUGUACGCUGCCUUGGUUGGCUCUGGCAUUGUGCAGGACAUGGAGAAGCGUGGUGUGAAGCACAUCCAUGCCUACUGCGUCGACAACUGUCUCGUACGAGUUGCUGACCCUACUUUCAUUGGCUUCAGUGCUGAGCAGGAUGUCUCAAUCGCGACCAAGGUCGUCCGAAAGCGCAAUGCCAAGGAGAGCGUAGGUCUCAUCCUGCAGAAGAAUGGCAAGCCCGACGUCGUCGAGUACUCUGAGAUCUCCACGGAACUGGCAGAGGCCAAGGAUCCAAAGGACAACAACCUCCUCAAAUUCCGUGCGGCAAAUAUCGUGAACCACUACUACAGCUUCGAGUUCUUGCGAUCGAUACCUGAGUGGUCACAUCGCCUGCCACACCACAUCGCCAAGAAGAAGAUUCCUACCGUGGACGAGAAGGGUAACGCAUUCAAGCCGGAGAAGCCCAACGGCAUCAAGCUCGAACAAUUCGUCUUCGACUGCUUCCCGUUCCUGUCUAUGGACAAGUUCGCCUGCAUGGAGGUGAAGCGUGAGGACGAGUUCUCGCCACUGAAGAACGCUCCAGGAACAGGCGAGGAUGACCCAGAGACUUCGAAGCAAGACAUUCUGCAGCAGGGAAAGCGAUUCGUGGAAGCGGCUGGCGCCACAGUUACCAGUGAGCGCACAGACGCGGGUGUGGAAGUAUCGCCGCUCAUCUCGUACGCUGGAGAGGGUCUCGACUUCCUCAAGGGCCGUGAGAUCAAGGCGCCGGCAGUCAUCGAGAAGAAGGAUUGA